AAAGUUUCCAGUUUUUAUUCCAGAUUUAAACUUGCACCUGAGUACAAGAGUGGAAAAUUGCUGAAGCUGAGACAAUAUGGAAGCUGGCGGAGUUGUUCCAGAUGUUAUUGACGUUGCCCCAGCAACCACAGCGGAGGUCACAUGGGACAGUGGAGUGAAAGCCGAGAUGGGGAAUGUUGUUACUCCCACGCAGGUCCAGAAGCAGCCCAUUGUCACCUGGCCAGCUGAAGAGGGCGCCCUCUAUACGAUCAUCAUGACUGAUCCUGACGCACCCAGUAGGGCUAACCCUAAGUUCCGAGAGUGGCGUCACUGGCUAGCCAUCAAUGUUUCUGGUAACAACAUGAGCAGUGGCAGCGCUCGGUCUGAGUACAUUGGAGCGGGCCCACCCAAGGACACUGGCCUGCAUCGCUAUGUCAUCCUCAUCUACAAGCAGUCUGGGCAGAUCAAUCCAGACAGUGUCCCAUUCGUCUGUGAUAGCGAUUUAAGUGACCGAGCUAAGUGGAAGGUGCGUGAGUUUGCUCAGUCUCACAGCCUCGGCAACCCAGUGGCAGGAAACUUUGUUCAGGCCGAGUAUGAUGACUAUGUGCCUAAGCUGUAUGCAAGAGCUCAGGAGUUUGCAGCCAAGAGAAAACAAGAAGCUGAGCUCAAAGAAAAAUAAGGUCUGGUUGGCAUUUCUGUUCCCAAGAACGAAAAGGUAAUAGGAAAAAAAAUGUGUAUGAAAAUCAUAUCAGGCGAGUUGACCGUUGCGUUGAUGGGCUGGCUUGAGCUUUUAUUUUCCUCUUGCAUUAAGUCUGGCUUAUUCACAUCGUGUGGUGUGUGGAUACUAGAUAAGCUACUCUCAACAAGCAUGAUUUUUCUUUGAACAUCUCUGUGAUAUGAAAUUAUGAUUUAAUUUGAUUUGAUUUUUUUUUUAAAAUAAUUUAGUUGAUUUGAGCAAAUUAUUAGCUUGGCACUAAAAUCAGACACCUUACACUUAAUUCUCCCCGUUUUGGGGGGCUUUUUUAAACGAAAUUUUGGUUUUUAUUAUUAUUCUGAAUUUAUUUCUUUAUUUUUAUCCGUUUCCAUGAUAUUCAUUUAAUGAUUUUUGAUGCUGUUCAAAAGUAUGUCUAAUGUAUCUUCAAAAUGUUUGGCUACUUUGAAUGUUUUGAAAAUGUUCACUUUAUCAAAACAAAAAUGUGUGAGUUUAAGUGAUAGCAUUAAAUGCACUGUUCUUGACUUA